GGAAGAAAAUGUCCUGGGCCCAGCAUCAUUGGUGUCAGUGGGAGAACUAGUGCCCCAUUAUUGGUGUCAAAUGGAGGAAUAGUGCCCCAUCAUUGGUGCCAGUGGGAUGGGAGAAAUAGUGCCCCAUCACUGGUGUCAAUUGGAGGAAUAGUGCCCCAUCAUUGGUGUCAGUUGGAGGAAUAGUGCCCCAUCACUGGAGUCAGUGGGAAAAAUAGUGCCCCAUUGUUAGUGUCAGUGGGAAAAAUUGUGCUCCGUCGUUGGUGUCAAUGGGAAAAAUAGUGCCCCAUCACUGGUGUCAGUGGAAGGAAUAGUGCCCCAUCGUUAUAGUCAGUGGGAGGAAUAUUGCCCAAUCAUUGGUGUCAGUGGGAGGAAUAG